GUUUUAUGUUUUCAUUGUAAAUAUCAUGAAAACCAUUAAUACCACUUAUUUAAAUUAACAAUCUUAGAGGGAGUAAGAUGACAUUCAAUUAGCAACUCAAUCUUGAUCUACUAAACAAGUAGAUUAAAAUAAUUCUUGGAAAUUGUUUUUGUAAGAUGGUGACUUCAACUCUCCAACUCUCAAUGUCUUUACAAUUUAAAGAUAUAUAUGAAAGGACGUAUACAGUUAUUCACUAAUACCGUAUCAUGAACAUUGUAUAUCAUAUCCUUAUCAUUUGGUUAAAGAUAGCACAUAAAAUGUUUUAGUUUUUUUUUUCCUUUUAUUUUUCACUGCUGAAUUGUCAUUCUCAGACAUCCAUUCAUGGAUUACAGCUGUGAACAUUUUUAUGAUCAGAAAGGCUCAACAAUUAUUCCUUCACUGGGUCCCACAACCCGCUUUCCAUUUCAGGAUUUCAUACUUUCAUUCAUCACAGCCGUUGAAUGAAUAUCUAACUGCUCACAACUUAUAUUCCUUAGUCAGCUAAUUACUGAUUUCAUCGGUACAGCUUCUCUUCACUGAAUUACAGUUCGUAAACUUCGAUUUCAAAUUACACACUUGCAUUCACCAUUUUCCAACUCCUACAAUGGCAGCAGAACUUGUUGGUGGUGCUCUUCUUUCCGCUUUUCUUCAGGUUGCAUUCGACAGGCUGGCUUCUCCUCAAUUCGUUGACUUCUUUCGUCGAAGAAAACUUGAUGAUAAGCUUCUCGGAAACUUGAACAUCAUGCUGCACUCCAUCAAUGCUCUCGCUCAUGAUGCAGAACAGAAGCAGUUCACAGAUCCACACGUUAAAGCAUGGCUUUUUUCUGUNNUGGAAGCUCAAUCCGAACCUCAAACCUUUACUUACAAGGUAUCAAAUUUCUUCAACUCUACUUUCAAUUCCUUUAACAAGAAAAUUGAAUCAGAAAUGAAAGAAGUCCUAGAAAAACUAGAAUAUCUUGCAAAGCAAAAGGGUGCUCUUGGUUUGAAAGAGGAUACUUAUUCUGGUGAUAGAUCAGGUAUUAAAGUGUCACAGAAAUUGCCAUCAUCUUCUUUGGUGGUUGAAAGUAUUAUUUAUGGCAGAGAUGCUGACAAAGAAAUUAUCUUUAAUUGGCUCACAUCUGAGACCCACAAUCAAAACCUAUCCAUACUUUCCAUAGUGGGCAUGGGUGGAUUGGGUAAGACCACACUCGCCCAGCAUGUAUACAAUGACCAAAGAAUGGAGACUAAAUUUGAUAUAAGAGCUUGGGUGUGUGUUUCCGAUCAUUUUGAUGUUUUUACAGUGACAAAAACAAUUCUUGAGGCAAUUACUAAAUCUAAAGAUGAUAGCGGAGACCUAGAAAUGGUUCAUGGAAGAUUGAAAGGAAAAGUAUCUGGAAAGAAAUUUCUUCUUGUUUUGGAUGAUGUUUGGAACGAAAAGCUAGAAGAAUGGGAAGCUGUGCGAACUCCUCUUAGCUAUGGGGCUCCAGGAAGUAGAAUUCUUGUCACAACACGUAUUGAGAAAGUAGCUUCUAACAUGAGAUCUGAAGUGCAUCACCUAAAGCAAUUAGAAGAGAAUGAAUGCUGGAAAGUUUUUAACAAACAAGCUUUGAAAGAUGAUGAUCUUGAAUUAAAUGAUGAGAAAAAGGAGAUUGGUAGAAGGAUAGUUGAGAAGUGUAAAGGAUUACCUCUUGCUUUGAAAACAAUUGGAAGUCUUCUCCGCACAAAGUCAUCCAUUUUAGAUUGGAAGAGCGUAUUGGAAAGCCACAUAUGGGACUUAUCGAAAGAAGUUGAAAUUAUGCCUGCUUUGUUAUUGAGUUAUCAGCACCUUCCUUCUCACCUCAAGAGAUGCUUUGCUUACUGUGCGUUAUUUCCAAAAGAUCAUGAGUUUCUGAAGGAGGAAUUAAUUUUGUUUUGGAUGGGUGAAGGUUUUCUCUACCAUUCUCAACAGAACAAGAAUUUACUAGAAAUUGGUGAACAAUAUUUCGAUGAUUUAUUAACGAGGUCUUUCUUUUUUCCAUCAAACUUCGAAUUGCACUUCGUCAUGCAUGACCUUCUGAAUGAUUUGGCAAAAUAUGUUUGUGCAGACUUCUGUUUCAGGUUGAAAUUUGAUAAAGGAAAUUGUAUACCCAAAAUAACCCGUCAUUUUUCAUUUGCAUACGAUGAUAUAAGAUAUUUUGAUAGUUUUGGGAGUUUAACUGAUGCUAAAAGACUGCGUUCAUUUGUUCAGAUUACAAAUGACUGUCUAUUUCCAGGUCUUCCUGGUCCAUUCGAGAUUUUGAUUAGUGAAGUGUUCUCCAAGUUGAAGUUUUUACAUGUCUUAUCUUUGAAAGGGUAUUAUGGACUCAAAGAGGUCCCAGAUUCUGUAGGUAAUCUUAAACAUCUCCAUUUAUUGGACCUUUCUAGUACUAGGAUACAAAAACUACCUGACUCAGUAGGUUUGCUCUAUAACUUGCUAAUAUUGAGGUUGAAUGGUUGUUCAAAUUUGAAGGAAUUGCCUUCAAGUUUGCAUAAACUCACCAAAUUGCGUUGCCUAGAAUUUGAACGUACAGGGGUGACAAAGAUGCCAAUGCAUUUUGCAGAAUUGAAGAAUCUUCAUGUACUGAAUAUGUUUUGUGUCGGUAGAAACAGUGAGUUCAGUACUAAGCAGCUAGGAGGAAUCAACCUUCAUGGAAGGCUAUCAAUUAAUGAGCUGCAAAAUAUUGUGAAUCCUUCGGAUGCAUUAGAAGCAAAUUUGAAAAAUAAACACGUUGUGGAGCUAAAUUUAAUAUGGAAUUCGAAUCACAUCCCUAAUGAUCCAAGGAAAGAGAAGAAAGUGCUUGAGAAUCUACAACCUUCUAAUCAGUUGGAGCGUUUUUCAAUCAGGAGCUAUUGUGGUACACAAUUCCCAAGUUGGGUAUUUGAUAAUUCGUUAUCAAAUUUGGUAUCCUUAGAGUUAAAGGAUUGUAAAUAUUGCCUAUGUUUGCCUCCCCUUGGACUAUUGUCAUCUCUGAAGACCCUCGAGAUUACAGGACUUGAUGGAAUAGUGAGCAUUGGUGCUGAAUUUUAUGGGAGCAACUCUUCUUCAUUCAAGUGCUUGGAAAGAUUGCUAUUCUUCAAGAUGAAGGAAUGGGAAGAAUGGGAAUGUAAAACUACUUCUUUUCCACGUCUUGAACAACUUGUUAUCCAUGAUUGUCCCAAGUUGGAAGGUUUGUCAGAGCAACUUCUUCAUUUAAAGGACCUAUCUAUUGAGACAUGUGAUAGCCUCAUCAUCAGGGAACACAACGUAGACACAUCAACACUUGAAUGUUUGAAAACUUACUCAUGCCCACUUGUGAAUAUUCCCAUGACCCAUUAUGAUUUCCUUCAAGAUAUGACAAUUGUUGGUGGUUGUGACUCUCUUACAAUCUUUCAGCUAGAUUUAUUUCCAAUGCUCGGUUCACUUCAUCUGGGACGAUGCCAAAACCUACAAAGAAUUUCACAAGUGCAUGCUCAUAAUAAUCUCAAGGAAAUGUCAAUCUAUGAAUGUCCUCGAUUUGAAUCAUUUCCCAAUGAAGGAUUAUCUGCACCAUUGGUACAAAUAAUUGACAUUAGGCAAGUGGAGAAUUUAAUGUUGUUGCCAAAACGCAUGCAAAUCCUGCUUUCAUCUCUUACUGAACUGAAGAUAAUUGAUUGUCCAAAAGUGGAGAAGUUUCCAGACGAAGGUUUGCCAUCAAAGGUAAAAGACAUGUCUCUUUCAAGUUUAAAACUUAUCGCCUCUCUGCGAGAGAACUUGGAUGUCAACACAUGUCUUGAAAGCUUAUCUAUUGAAUCUCUUGAUGUGGAGUCUUUUCCUGACAAUGUUUUGCUGCCACCUUCUCUUACCUCUUUAAGAAUCAUUCAUUGCCAAAAUCUCAAAAAGCUAGACUACAAGCUUCUCUAUCACCUCUCCUCUCUCGAACUUGGUGAUUGUCCUAACCUCCAAUGCUUACCUGAGGAGGGUUUGCCCAAAUCCAUCUCUUAUCUUGACAUUUGGCGCUGUCCAUUGCUCGAGCAGCGUUGUCAGAAGCCAGAAGGCAAAGAUUGGAUAAAGAUUGCUCACAUUGAAAAUCUAAGUGUUGGGUAAUAAGAUGGAAAAAAAAGUUCAAAAUUAGAUGUUCAUCUGCUAACAGCUUCCUCUCACACCUAAUUGCAUGGCUUCGACAAACUCUUUCUUGUUUUUAGUUGUUUUUUCUAUUAAAGUGGAAUCAGAUCUCUUAUUUUG